AUGGGCUGAGGGGGCUGCUGUCGGUUUCCGGUCUUUUGAAAUGUUUGUGUUUUGAUGUCCUCCUCCGCGGUUGUCCCCGCACACUUUGCUUCGGAGACGUCCUCAAGCGGGCGUUCCAAUCCACAUUUCGUCGGCUCUGCUAAAGAUGCGCAGCGCGCGAAGCCCCCCGUCCAUCUCGGCCACCCCCCCGGGGGAGGCGCCGGACCUCAGCCUGUCCGGCUCACGGCUGUCCGUCGUCUCCGCCGAGCCGCCCGGGAAGUUCCUGGCCCGCUCCGUGUCCGCGUCGGCGCCGUGCGAGCUGCGGGGGAAACGCAACACCUCGUCUCUGCAGAGCGACGCCUCGGGAAGCUCCCGCUCGGUCAAGAACCUGCGGCGCUCCAACAGCACCACGCACGUCAACCGGCAGGCUCAGGUGGCGCUCGGUCCGGAGCAGAGCGACGUCGAACUGACCGCGUCGGACGGCGGCCCGAAGAAACCGGACGGAACCACCUGGAACGUGCUGGACGAGCGGCCUCGGGCGCCCGCCGCGCCCUCCGGCGCCCGCCGCGGCGGCCCCGUCGCAGACCCGCCCGCCGGCCCGAAGGGACGGGACCCCGCCGCCUCCUUCACCGCCAACAACAGGAGCAACAAGGGGGCGGUGGGCAACGCCGUCACCGCCAUCCUGCACAACAACCACGGCGAGAAGCCGCUGACGCCCAAAAGCUCCAACCAGCGGCCGCCCUUCAACAACAUCCUGAAGGCCAACGACGACGGCGGCUCCCUCACCAAGUCCCAAAAGAACUUCUCCUCGGCGUCGUCGCGCGCCAAAAGCCCGGCCGGCCUCCCGCGGCCCCGCCGCGACCGAGUGUCGGAGGAGGAGGCGGAAAGGUUCAUCCAGCAGGUGAACCAGGCGGCCGUCGCCAUCCAGCGCUGGUACAGACGGCACGCCGGGAGGCGCCGCGCCGACCGGGCGGCGCUGCGGCGCGUCCUGGACGACAAAAGAAAGGAGCUGCAGCAGAAAGGAGCCCACCACCACCACCGUCAUCACCAUGAGGGCGCCGAGGCGGCGAGGCAUCCGGGCGAGAAGUCGCCCAAGAUUUUCUCAAGCGGCGCGUCGCCGGCCUCCCCCGGCGGCGACGUCGCAACUGCCGUCGUGUCGCCCGCACGCGCCAAAGCCAACAACAACAACGCAGACUUCCAUCCGAACGUCCCGACCGACUGGAGCGAAGCGAGCUUUGCGGCGGCCGCGCCGUCCGCGCAGGGCUGCGGCGCCGACCCCGCGGAAGCAAACGUCGACUCGGACGACGACGACGGGAAGCGGACGCGCCAGGCCGGGUCCAAAGUCCCCCCCGUCGGCGCCGUUCCGUCGGACGGGCCGCCGACCUCUGGCGCCGCCGGUCCCUCCUCGCCGAGGAACGCGAGCCCCGUGUCGGUCGGCGGCGAGAAGGCGGAAAGCGACGCGGGCGAGCCGUCCUGCUUCCGAGCCGUUUCGCCGUCCUGGUCCGCCCGGAGGGGGUCUCGGUCCUCCCAGGAGCUUCACCGCAGGUAUUUGAGCGGCGGCGAGGACCCCCCCUGCGCGGCGUCCAAGUCCACCCUCGACGACCUGCUGGACACGCUCAGACUGCUGGAGGAGGAACCGGAGCGGCUACCCGAGCCCAAAUCUUACAACAGAGACAAAUACGCUUGGCUGGACGAGGACGUCGACGCGGACUCCCUGACGGCCGACAACCUGGAGCGUCACGUCCGGCUCAGCCUGCCGCCGCCCGCGGACGGAGCGGCGCUGUUGUCGGAGGCCAAGCUGCAGAGCAUCAUGAACUUCCUGGACGAGAUGGAGAAGUCGGAGCAGGAGCGGCCGCGUUCGGCCGCCUCGCACGGAGAGGCGGCGGCGUCCUUGGAGGAGGAGGAGGAGGAGGCGCCCGUGGCCGACCAGGUCGCCGCCACCGCCGCCCAAGUGUCCGGAUCCAUCAUGAGGAUCAAGAUGGAGCUGGAAGAGAAGAAGCGGGUGGUGGAAAUGCUGCAGAACGCGCUGGCCCAGCAGAGGGAGCUGACGGUGCAGCACGUGAAGGAGACGGAGAAGGAGCUGAGCCGAAACCUUCAACUGCAGCGGGACCAGUACGAGGCCACCGUGCAGAGACACCUGACUUUCAUAGACCAGCUGAUCGGCGACAAAAAAGCGCUGAGCGAGCGAUGCGAGGGCGUCAUCGCCGAGUUGAAGCUGGUCGACCACAAGUACACCAAGAAGAUCUCGCAGAUGCAGGAGCAGCACCAAAUGGAGAUCAAGAAGCUGAAGGAGCUGAUGAGCGUGACGGAGAAGAUCCGGAGGGAGAAAUGGAUUGACGAGAAAACCAAGAGGAUCAAAGAGAUUACGGUUAAAGGUCUGGAGCCCGAGAUCCAGAAGCUGAUCUCCAAGCACAAGCAGGAGCUGAAGAAGCUGCGAGCGCUGCACGAGGCGGAGCUGCUGCAGGCGGAGGAACGGGGGGCCCAACGCUGCGCCCGCCAGUGCGAGGAACUCCGGCGGCAGCUGGAGAGCGAGAAGGAGGAGCGCUGCCGCGAGGAGCGGGAGUCGGCCCGCCGCGGCUUCGAGAAGCGCCUCCGCGACGAGGAGAUGUCCCUGCAGCGCCACAAGAGGCGCGUCCACAAGGAUCUGGCCGACGAGAAGGAGCGGCUGGCGCAGCUGGCGGCCAGGCAGCGCGCGGAGAUGGACGAGCUGCGUCGCCGCAUGGAAGAAAACUCCAGCGUGGCCGGACGGGUCUUCAGGGAGGAGCUGGACAAAACCAGAGAGGAGCAGGAGAGGAGACACCAGGCGGAGAUAAAGAAGCUGCAGGAGCAGUUCGAGCGGGAGAAGACCAUCUGGGAGGAGGAAUACAGGAAGAAACAGGAGGCGGGGCUGCUGAGGCACGAGCGCCGGCUGCGGGAGGAACUCCGCCAGGAGCGUGACAAAGAGAUUCAGCUCGCCGUCUGGACGCUGGAGGAGGAGACCAACAAGGACAAGGAGGAGUGCGAGCGGGCCGCCCAAAACAGGGUGAACCGCGUGAGGGAGACGUACGAGGCGGAGCUGAAGGAGCUGGAAGGUUCUCUGAGGGAGGCGCUGGACAAGCAGCAGGAGCUGAGGAAACUGCAGGCGGACACGCUGCAACAACUCGACGCCGUCAAGGACGCCUUGCGGCAGAAGGAGCAAGACGUGCAAAUCGUCACGCGAAACCGGGACCGGCUCCUGGAGGAACGCCAAGGCCUGGCCUCGGCGAUCCGGGAAGAGUUUAGCGAGCGUCUGCUGCUGGCCGAGGAGGAGGCGCAGAGGACCGGGGCCGAGGCCGACGACCUGCGGGCCGCGCUGAGGGCGGAGGUGGACAGGGUGACCAAAGAGAAGGAAGACCAGCUCCAGCGGGUCCACCGGCGGGUCAAGUCGGCCAUCUUGAAGAAAGACGAGGCGGUCGGCGCUCUGCGGAGGCAGCACGAGGCUGCUCUGAAGAGGGCGGAGCAUCUGGAGGCCUUGUGGGAGGAGCAAAGGAGGCAGCUGCUGGAGAAAUGACCGCAAGACCGGCGACUUUGCCGGCCGGCCGGCCGGGCCGGGCCGCGUCCGUCCGGAGUCUCAAGUGAGCCGCUUGGUGACUUUGCCGGACGGGUUUAGUUGACUUGAGGCCUUGAAGUGGCUUCCGAGGGACUCCUGAGCCACUUUCAAUGAAUUUAGGGGGACUUUCAGCGACUUUGUCAAUUGCUUGGAGGGGCCUCCGGUAACUAACGGAGUAAUCCGACGUAAAGUGGCCAAAGAGAGCCCAAAAGAAAUGGACUUGGACUUGGACUUGGUCUUGGACUUGGACUUGGCCUGACAGUCACCGGACGUCACUUCAGUCGCUUUGAAGGCUUUUGGGUAUCUUUAAAUUGACUCUAGGGCGACUUUACGGAAUCUGUGACGAGGGACCAGCUAGAAUCUUCUGAGAACAAUUCAUUCCCCCCCCCCACCCCCCCCCCAACCUCCAGAGUGAGCAACAAUGCGUCCAUAUUGCGCUCAAAGAUCUUUUCCAGAUGUUUCCGGGACCAGCCCGGGCAGGCCUGCACCUCGGGGGCGGGCGUCGACUGCAAGAAAGAGGACGUGUGUGUCAGGGAGGGCCCCUUUUUCUAUUUUGCGGUUGCCCUCGAACCGUGCGAGUGAAGAAGAAUGGGGGGGAGGGGGGGGGCUUUCCAAUGGGGACGCGCUCGUCAGAUCAUGUGACUUGGACAAAGACCCAAUGAAGGACGCCAGCAGCCUUUUUUUUUUUUUUUUUUUUUUUUGACGGCGAGGAAGGUUUUCUCUCGCAAACUUUGGAGUCUCGACUCGCCAGAAUCCUAAACUGGUGUUCCAGAAAUGAUUUUCAAAAUAAAACCCGCACAUUUGUGCUGAGUCAGCAAAGGGGCCUGCCGUUGUUUUCCAGCACGUACUCGCUCCUUUUUUUUUUUUUUUUCGUCGUCGUCGUCGUCGCACUUCGGGCCCGUCGGAGAGUGAGCGGGUGGGCGUGACCUCUGCGGUGACCCACUUUCGCUCCCGUCAAAGCCGACACGGCCACCAAAAGAACGCGAAAUGAAGCAAAGAAUCUUCUUGUGGUUGUGGAAGUACGCGACGUCUUGCUCAAGAGCACACAAACGGACGAGCGUCACUUUGAAGCCGUGUGUUCAACUUACGUUUGAAUUGAUCAUAAAGGACUUGAACGUUUCUUUGGAACUUUGCAGUUUUUCUGUCUUGUCGCUUUUUGUCUUGUUUUGGGUUUUUUUUUAAACAAAUGUAUCCUGUUAAACACUUUUAAUUGUAAAUCAUCACACUAAUUUGUGAAAAUCAUUUGCAGCAAUUCAUUGGAAUGAACUUAUUUGUAAAUCCAAUUCACUGUCUUGUCUAUUUUACAUCCAUAAAAAUUGUAAAGAUUGUAUUUUUGAAUGAAUUGUUACCUGUUGGCAGCUUUGGCCUAAAAUUGGGGAUUUCAAAUAUAUAUUGCAUUGAUUAAUUUGUUGUUAUUUUAACAUUUGUGCAUAUAAAGUUUAAAAAAAAAGGGGAUAAUUGCUUGAUUUUCAAAUUUUUUUUUUUUUAAAUAAGCCAUUUUACAAUCCAACAAACAAAGCCACCUAUUGGAAAUGACAACACUUGAAAGCGUUUCAUAAUUUUCAUGAUGUCAAGACAGUAAAAUGAGCCUCUUGAUGACUGGCACAUUGGAACUUUUUCAAAGUUGAGCCCAAAGGUCUCCCCAGGCCCGGCGGAGCCCACCGA